AUGAGCACCAGCGCAAAGCUGAGUGGCGCAACGCCUGAGUCAACCAAGCUGUUUAUUAACGGCGAGUUCGUCGAGUCGCAGGCUAGUGAGUGGAUCGAUGUGCACAACCCGGCAACGCAGGAGGUCGUGACGCGCGUGCCGCGCAGCACCAAGCACGAGCUAGACGAGGCAGCGCACAGCGCGCAGCUGGCGUUCGGCGAGUGGCGGCGCACGUCAGUGCUGACGCGGCAGCGCAAGAUGCUCGACCUGCAGCACGCAAUCCGCGGCAGCAUGGACGCGCUGGCGGCCAGCAUCGUCACCCAGCAGGGCAAAGUGCUGGCCGAUGCGCGUGGCGAUGUGCAGCGCGGGCUGCAGGUGGUCGAGAGCAUGUCCGGCAUUCCCGAGAUGAUGUUGGGCACAAAGCUCGAGGUGUCGGCCGACAUGGACACAUACACAGUCCGUGAGCCGCUAGGCGUCGUCGCCGGCAUCUGCCCGUUCAACUUCCCAGCGAUGAUCCCGCUGUGGAUGUUCCCGGUUGCGCUGGCCACUGGCAACACAUGCCUGCUCAAGCCGUCGGAGCGCGACCCGGGCGCCGCCAUGCUGCUGGCAUCGCUGUGCCACCGUCGACUUUUAACGUCCGACGCGCGCGUCCGCGCCGUGUCCUUUGUCGGUGGCGACCGCGCCGGUAAGCACAUCUACGAGCGCGCCACGCAGCACGGCAAGCGCUGCCAGGCCAAUCUGGGUGCUAAAAACCAUGCUGUAGUGCUACCCGAUGCUGACCGCGAGCACACGCUCAACGCCAUCGCUGGCGCAGCAUUCGGCGCCGCUGGCCAGCGCUGUAUGGCGCUGAGCGUCGCGGUAUUCGUCGGCGACUCGGCGCAAUGGAUCCCCGAUGUUGUUGCCAAGGCACGGAAGCUGCACGUCGACGGCGGCUUCGAGCCCGGCGCUGAUCUCGGCCCUAUGAUCUCGCCGCAGGCGCUGCACCGCGCCGAGGCGCUGAUCCAGUCGGCGGCCGACGACGGCGCCGACAUCCUGCUGGACGGCCGUGGCGUCCAUGUCGAAAAGUACCCGCUUGGCAACUUCCUCGGCCCCACAGUUAUUGACCGUGCAACGCCCGAGAUGCAGUGCUACAGCGAGGAGAUUUUCGGGCCUGUGCUGACUUGUGUGCGCGUCGACACGCUGGACCAGGCGCUGGCGCUGGUCAACGGCAACCGCUACGGCAAUGGCGCGUCGGUGUUUACGCGCUCGGGCGCCAGCGCGCGCCGGUUCCAGGCGGAGGUUGAAGUUGGCCAGGUUGGCAUCAACGUGCCGAUCCCCGUACCACUGCCUAUGUUCUCAUUCACCGGCAACAAGGCGUCGUUCCUCGGCGACACAAACUUUUAUGGCCGCGCCGGCGUUGGAUUUUACACGCAGCUCAAGACCGUCACCAGCCACUGGCGUCGCCAGGACGCCGAGGAGGCUGUUUCUGGAAGCAGCACCAAGGGAUCGAUGCAUAUGCCGACACAUCAUUAG